AUGAGUCGUCAACGGCUUCGGGAACCGCUCUCUUGUGAGAUUCGUGGAACCGCGGAAUGUUGCGUGGAUGUAUCUGCCGACAUGAGCACUGCAGCAGCCACGAACGUUGAGGUUCCGGAAGCUAGUGCGAAGUCACGGCCGAGUCUCGAUACAGUGGUGGACGGCAACGUCCAGGAGACCCCGGCUACGUACAUUUUCACGGUUUCGCGGGCAAAAAAUGGACAGGACUAUGGGUCAGACUCAGGCGGUUGCCCCUCAACUGAGGACGCUGACUUCCUACCGCAAAAUCGACGCGUGAAGAAGGGGCCAAUAACACAGGAAGGGAGUGACGCAGGGCUCUCACAGGGCAAAACGGGAGAGGCUGAGAGUCCGGAUAUAGGGGUGGGCAUGAUCAACAACGAUGAUCCUGCGCAGUCCCCUGGCACCUCGCAGAGCACUGUAGCACCAAGCUGUCGUGUUUCAUCGUUUCAUCAUCACUGUCUUCCUCAGAGUUCCUGCCAACUCCAGGAGGUGGAGGUGCCUGUCACAGAGCAAGUAAAUAAUCGAGGAGUGGAGCCUGUGUACUUGCAGUCAUAUUCGUUCAACCAAGACAAUACCUGUUUCGUGUGUGCCACGUCUGUGGGCUUUCGCGUGUUCACAUGCGCUCCCCUUUCCGAGUUUAUGCGCCGCGAGUUGCCAGCGUGGGGUGAAGGAUGUUAUGAGGUGGCAGGAAUGCUGUUCAGAACAAAUGUAUUCGCUCUAGUCAGUCGAGCAGACCCGAAGAAGGUCAAACUCUGGGACGACCAAAAACGGCACUUCAUAGGAGAGGUCCGGGCACGUCAAGCGGUGAAAAACAUCUGUUUGGGACGGGAGAUUCUGGCUGUGGUGACUGAAUAUUCGGGUGUACUUCCCCGUUAUUUCAGUGCGGUCCGAAGCUUCGCGCAGUUCCAUGUACCAACCGACCAACAAUCGAUUGACGUCAGAACCCCCGGUUCGAGAAUUGUCGGCCCCCUUUGCGCGUUUGCUGGAGAGCGGUCGAAUCACUUGUACUUGCUCCACCCUAACGGAGUGUUCUAUGAAUUCCGGUUUGACCCGAAUUAUGGAGACGAGUGCACGCUUCUGACAGCGACAACCUGGUUCGCUCCGAGAGCAGAUUUCCAGAUUCAGUCUCGUUUCGAAUCAGCUUCUCUUCCAUCCGAGCUUGAAGGAGGUCACGAAGGUGACGACUGGCAGAUCGUCAUGUAG